GCGGCCUCCAUCGCCAGAGGGUUCCCUCCUGAAGGAGGGAACAACUGUCAAGCUGCUACUGCUGUUUCUUAAUAUUCUUCUUAUUAAUGAAGUUUCUCAAAACGAUUUACGGUUCAUACUAUGGUGCUGUGGUUUCUGUUUAUGUUCAUUCUGUGUUCACUUACUCCCGAUCGUAACUUUAGUCCUGUCUGAGGAUGGUACAUCGCUGGUGCUCCCAAGGCCCUGCAGYGCAGGGGAAAAAGAGUAGCAGAAAACUUUAGGAAAUGGCAGAAGCUAUUUUCCAGCCCCCAAGAAAGAAAAGAAGAGUUUUUGAGACGUAUGAAUCUCCCUUUCCCGUGGAAGUAAAUGGGAAAGAUUUCAGAAUAUAUCAGGCUGAAAUUAUUAACAACAAUAUUAUUGUGAGGAACCCUGAGGAUAUUGAACAGCUGUAUAGCAAGGGCUAUUUUGGAAAAGGUAUUCUUUCGAGAAGUCGGCCGGCGUACAGCAUUUCAGAUCCCUUACUGGUUACAAAGUGGCAAGGUGCUAACGUAAACUUGCCCAUAAUUGCAUCAAAGAAGUACCAGUAUCAUGUCCAGUGGGCUAAAAGUAUUUUGCAAGAGCAAGGAUUUGAUGACUGUUCAGUUAGCAAAAUUCUUGAAAACUACACUAAGCCUCUUGAGUUGCCUUGCAUGAAAAAUGAUGGAGCUGAAGAAACUGACACAUGUUCCAACAAAACGGGCCCAAGCACAGAAAAUGCAGAGCUUUCUAGACAUUCUUCUACWGACACUGGAAACGUAUCUCCAAGUCAUGAAUGUUGUAAUCAGAAGGAAGGCUGCAAGAAAGCCUGUGUGGAAGGAGAUCCAGCUCAUGAUCCUUUGGCCUUGUGUGGUUCUAAAGAACAGGGACCGGUUGACGUAAAAGAGAGAGCUGAAGUGUCUUGCCAGAGGCACGGUUUUCUUGUGCAUUGUGGAUGCAAGGAGAAGGAAAGCACUGACCCAAAAUCUUAUGAGUUGGUCACAUCAAAAGAAUGUACUGCAGAAUACGUGUUGGUGCAAGAGGAAGAGGGAAGUAGUUUAUGCCCUGAAGAUAACCCUGCUGGUGARCAAGCAAAUUCUGUCAAGAAGGAAAAACUAGUAUGCAGAAGAAAUCCAUUCAAGAUUUUUGAAUAUUUACAACUCAGCUUGGAAGAGGCGUUUUUCCUGGUGUAUGCUCUAGGAUGCUUAACUAUUUAUUAUGGGGAGGAGCCUUUAACUAUUUUGAAGCUAUGGGAAAUGUUCAGCGAAGUGAAGCCCAAUUUUAAAACUACAUACAUGGCAUAUCAUUACUUCCGCAGUAAGGGAUGGGUGCCCAAAGUCGGACUGAAGUAUGGAACUGAUCUCUUGCUGUAUCGAAAAGGUCCUCCCUUCUAUCAUGCAAGUUACUCUGUCAUUGCUGAAUUAGUUGAUGAUAAUUUUGAAGGCUCUCUUCGAAGAUCACUCAGCUGGAAGUCCUUGUCUGGCUUGAACCGAACAACUGUUAAUGCUUCUAAGGAACUUAUGUUAUGUUAUUUGAUUAGACCAUCUGAUAUGACUGAGAAAGAGAUGUCUACACCAGAAUGUAUGAAAAGAAUUAAGGUUCAGGAACUGAUUGUAAGUCGGUGGGUUUCUUCUCGUGAGCGCUGUGAGCAAGAAGAUUCCUAACUGAAUCUCUGGGGAAAGAAUUUAAUCUGUUUAAAACAUUGUGAGGAACUACUGCCUCAGAACAGUUUCUAUUAGAAUAUCCCAACAGAUGUGCAUAAAUGCUAUUAAAUCAAGGUAUAUGCUGUUUACUGGACAGAAUGCUGUAUUGAAAAACRUAAGUGAAUUGUAGUAAUGCAUAUGAAGGGAGAAAAGUUAAAACUCUUGUGACCCAAUUCAGUGUACAUUGCUGAAACCUAAGCUCUGCUCUUAAACCAAUUCCCAAUUACCCCAAUUAAGUGAAAUUGUACAAAAUUAUGAACAAACAGAAUUU